AUGCCCGGUGGCUCCAGUGGGGGGCGCCAGCUGCACCGACUCUCAGCCAGACUGCGAGACAUGUGGCUGGGACUUUCUGAAAGCUACGCUCCGUUUUUAGCUAAACACGUUUCCCGGAUAGUGCGAGUCGUCAGCAUUUCAUAGCACUAGCUUGGACAAAAAGCUGACUACUAGGUGCAAAGCAGCUGCAGCGGCACUUAAAGUGGUGAUCAGGACAGCCCGGGCGGACAUGACUGGAGCUGGAAGCGGCGGCCAGGGCCCGCCUGAUGGGACAGAUGCUGAGGAGGCAGAGAGGUGUCCUAUCUGCCUGGGCGUCCUGGCUGGAGGCGAGCUGGCCAUGCCCGACAGCUGCUGCCACGUCUUCUGCCUCAGAUGUCUCCUCACAUGGGCAGAGCUGCAGAUGGCUCCUUCCUGCCCGGUGGACAGAAGACCUUUCACUAAUGUUUACAGAUGGGACGGGAAUCUGAGCUGCGUGCAGGUUCCUGUGAGGAAACGAGCGACUCCACCUGAAGCUGAGAGUUGCUGCUGUAGAAACCCUGAACACAAAGUCUGUCUCAAAAGUAAGCCUGCACGAAGACUGAGGCGGCAAAAGGUGGAGAGGACGGCAGACGCCAAAACAAAAGGACUUGUGAGGAAAUGUAACGAGGAUGACCCCUCCUCACUGAGCAGAAAAAAGGUCAGAGGAACAGAAUGCUGUACUUGGUCACCGUCUCCCUGUGUCUCAUUAACGACAACAUCCACUCAGGACAUUGCAGAGCCUGUGUGGGUGGCCGAGGACAUACCAUAUGACACUGGGUUCAAACACUGCAAAGCCCAGGCACAAGACUGUCCAUGGCUUUCUCCUGCUGCUCCCAUCCCUGUUAACGGCAACUCAAGGCAGAACUUCCAUCCCUCUGGUUGGAACCACAGCCCACUUCCAUCCCCCUUUACCUCCAGUUCCCCGUUUGGCCCCGGUCAUUUCGUGUUUCAGGGUGUUGUCUGCGCCAUCACGUGUCCCAAAGGAGGAGAGAAGAGAGGCGGUCGAGCUUCCACCUCCAAAGCUCCCACCAAAGAGGCUAAGUCUCUGCCAUCCAGGCGAUCUGGACGCAACAGUAAAAGCCAGGAGGAGGCUCCCGCGUCUGAUCCGUCAUCACCGCCGCAGUCCAGUGCAUCGGACUCCGACUCGUCUACCGGCCAGUCCGCCAAGCCGGCCAGGGCUUCUCAAGCGCCAGCCAAGAGGAAGGGCAAACGGGUGACAAACCGAAAGGCCAGUGGGAAGCGGAAAGCCCCGGCAAGAAAAAAAAAAUCUCCGCAAGUCGUUAGCAGCCCGGCAGCGAGUGAGGAGGAGGAAGAGGGUAAUAGGUGUGACAAUGUGGAGAAGGAAGAGGAAGAGGACAAAACUGAUCAGGAACAGGAUUUGAACAACUCAAAGCAGCAGUCUGAUGCUGAACGGAGCCUCAAUGAAGACCAGGGCGGCUUUAACUCUGCAGAUGAGCUCGGAGGCGCUGAACCCUUGAGUAACGAUGUGGGACACGACAGCGAUGAGACUCAGGAACAAUCUAAUGAACGUGAACUGAAACCUGAUGAGCGAGACGAGGACCUGUCUUGUCCCUCGGACUCGGCUCCCAACAGUCCCGGUUCGUGUUCUGUGGGCGACCAGAGCAAGAGGGAGGACGAAGAGCCAGCAAGCCCUAUUUCCUCUGAAGGAAAGGACUCUGAGCAAAGGGUGUCGCCAUCACCCUCUGACUCUGAGAAAAGAGCCUCACCAUCACCCUCUGACUCUGAGAAAAGAGCCUCACCAUCACCAUCACCCUCUGACUCUGAGAAAAGAGCCUCACCAUCACCAUCACCCUCUGACUCUGAGAAAAGAGCCUCACCCUCACCAUCACCAUCACCCUCUCACUCUGAGAAUGCCCUGCUGGACAACUUGAUGUCUCCUCACUGUGAUGACCAGGCUGAGCAGGAUGAUGAUGACAUGGAGAUUUGUGCAGAAGAAGCCAACAACGAAGAAUCUUCAAAUGCAUUGAUGGCUGAUUCACAACCGGCUUCGCCCUCUGCUGGAGAGUCGGAGGAUAAUUCGGCUGUCUCAGAACCAAAAGCCUCUGAGGACGCUGAUGUAAAAACGUUUGCAUCAGAACUUGAGCCUUCAGUAGUUGACGGCUCUGGGGAAGGAACCAAGGUAUGCAGUCCAUCCAAGGAUGACACUAAGGUUGUCCCCAUGGACUGCAGUUCACCAAUGAGCGAGCAGACCAACAGUCCCGUUUUGGAACUGCCAAAGGAGGGCGCUGCCUCAUCCUCUGCGGAACCUGCCGGUUCUGCAAGCCAAGUGGCCAAGGAUGAGAGCGAUAAGGAGCAACAGGAGAGAGAAAGGAGCGUGGAGAGGAAGAACGGCAAGCAGCGGCGCUCUCGUUUCCACUCCUCAACCUCUACCUGGUCACCUAAGAUGGACUCCAAACGAGAACCAUCCAGGCGCUCGCGGUCUAGAGAGCGUGACGGGAGCCCGCCUUCUAACCGCUCGUCCAGAGCUCGCAGCAGAGAGAAGGACCGGGAUAGGGACGGUGAAAGAGACUAUUCUAGGAGGGAACGUAGUCGUGAGAGAAGGAGAAGGCGAUCCAGGAGUCGCUCUAGGUCCAAGUCCCGGUCUCGGUCUCGAUCUAGAUCAAGAUCCAGAACAAGAUCCCACAGACGAGUGGCCAGCCCUGAACGGCCGUCCUCCAGAGAGCAGUCCCCCCAGAGGAAGGAGCGUAGAGGCGGCUGGAGGUCUGGGCAGGGCAGCGGGUCCGGUGUCGAGGGACGGAGGCAUCAAGGAGGCGCUGGGCGCUUUGAAAACGGUGAGCCUACGGAAAGUUCCCCAGAGCGCCAGGCCUGGUCCGAAAAUCCAGACUGGGUCACAGAAAAGAGCCGUGGCGAAGCCGACAGCAAGAGCCGCUGGGAAGACCGCAACAGCGGUGGGAGCAGAGGGGAGACACGGGGCCGCGGGGGCCGUGGAGGAGGAGAACGUGGUCGGGGAGCAGGGCGGGGCGACAACCGCUGGCAGCCCAGAAACAACUUCUCAGGUACAGGCAACAAUUCAGGGAAUGACGCAUACAGCCGCUUCAACGAGAACCGCGGCGGUGGCUGGAGGAAAGAGUCCGACUCAGGAGACAAUAUGCUGGACCGGUCAGGGUGGUCAUCGGCAUCCAGCUGGGCUGUCAGGAGGAAACUGCCCGCAGACGUUCAGGACUAUUACUCCAAGAGGGAGAGAGGAGGACCAGGAGGCUGGAACCGACAAGAGGAGGAGCCGCCGGCAGCAGCAGAUCCUACUAAAAGCGAGUCUGCUGCCCAGGCAGUACCGGGUAACGCUCCGGUGCCGGUGAUGAACGCCGUUCCCCCUCAGCUGAAUGUUCUUCAGCAUCACUACCCCGUGCAGGGACCGCGAGGAGCCCUGCCGGUCAGCUUGCAGCCUGCGGCGCCGUACGGCAUGCCUCCUCAGGUCCCCGGGCACCUCCACCCUGCCGUACCGCUGCUUCAGGUCCCCGCUGUCGGUGCUCAGGGCCUCCCCCCCCCCCCGCCACCUCCACCCAUGCAUCAAGGCGGCCAGACAGCAACGGCUCAGCCCGACGGCUACGCGACACAGAUGGGGAGUACAAUGGGGGGUUAUGGGAAACCCGGUCUUCUUCCCACCCCAACCAAAGCUGGUUAUACCGCGGCGACCUAUGGCCAGUCGGCACACAGCCAGAUUCUACCAUCCUCGACAACUCAGUACGGCCAGCAUGGCCAGCAUAACAGGGCUCAACCUGACAGCUCGAAAAAAGAAAAGAAACACCAGAUCCAAGAGAGAGCAGUCAAUGAAGUGAAGACAGCCAUCAAACCCUACUACCAAAAGAAGGAAAUCACAAAGGACGAGUACAAGGAGAUUGUCCGCAAAGCAGUAGAGAAGGUGUGUCACAGCAAGAGUGGUGAGGUGAACUCCAGUAAAGUGGCCAACCUGGUGAAGGCCUAUGUGGACAAAUACAAGCACGCCCGCAAGAAAUGAAAACCCCGCCCUGCUGCUGGCGUGGCGAUGCCCUCACGGACCCAUUCAGCUGCUCAAGUGCAAUUUCCUCUGGCUGGAAUUUAGCCUCCAAACUGAAAUACAACGGAGCGCCGACAAUUUUCUUUUUUUGAUAUCGCUACCUUUUAUUGAAUGAUGGAAGAUUUUUUUCUAUAGAUUUUCAUAUUUUGUUAGAAAAAGAAUUACCCAAUCAGAAAUUGUAAUGCAAGAGCCCUUUAUUUUGCAUAGAUCAUGUGACUUUGGGGAACUACUGUAAGGAGCGCAGGGUAGCGUGGGGGGAGGGGGGACGGUUGAUACUAAAGAUGCAACGCUCAGCGAACGACGUCGUGGAGAGCUUCUUCCAGGGUGCCGGCUGGUACGAUGAAUUCCUCCUAAAUGGCAUCCUGAUCGCAUAGCUUAUUAAUUGAAUAUUGUCAACGUUCUUUUAAAAAAAAAAAUUAUUAUAUAAUAUUUCAGAUGAAAGCCUAGUUUAAAAAAAACAAAAACAGUGCAUUGCCUUUAUUAAUCUCUGUGGUUCAAUUAAGGGCUGGAAUCUGAUGAGUGUGAUUGUAAUCAGGGCCCUGAUUGGUGGAGGGGACGGCCAAUCAGAAGUGAGUUUGUAAUGCAAGGCACAGGUCCCAGGGGGCAGAUCAAACGAAAUGAACCCCAACCUUUGCCUGAAUGUGUAUUAAAUGUCAAUGGGUGAACACGAUCUGUGCAAAGUAUCCAGAGAGUAGUGAAAUAAAAAUAGCUGCUUCCUGAUCUGCUGUGUGUUUGUUAGAGGCCUCUGUCGAGGGAGGAAGACUGACUCUGAGGGUACAUGUGAAUUUUGCCUCUGCUGUGGUGUUUCUGCUCCACACAUUCCAAAAAUUGUCUUUUAAACAAUGGGUGGUAAUGUGAUGUAUUUGUUUAAACACAGUGGCUCCCCCUUAUUUUUUCCAAGGAAAAAAAAAAAAACACAUUUUAUGUACAGUUGGAGCACCGUCAAAAGUAUAUAAUACUGCUUAUAAACACAUCAUCAGUUAACGGAGAAACAUUAAUUAUUCAUUUGGAGUUGUUUCUGACCAGCAGGUGAGUUUCCUGUUUAUGUCAGAUAUAAUUAUAUCCUGUUAUCGCACUAUGAAUGAAUGACUAGGAACGUUUUUCACUGGAGACACUUUUGACAAGUCGCAGUAGCAAAAGCACAGGUAUAAAUAAUUAUAUGAACGAUGGCUCAAUUUAAUUUAACUGCUUAGGUGGGACACUUGAACGAAACAGAGUUCAAGUGUAACAUUAAUGUUAUAAGUAACACCUGUGCUUUUUCUAACAACGCUGGGAGUUUGGGAGAUGUCAAUCAACCAUUGUCUGCAUGCCCACAAAUUCCUGAGGAGGUCCAAUCAGUCAAUUAAGUGGUAUCACCUGUGCAGUUUUACAUGGUUUAUGCACAACAUUUCAGAGCACUAUAAUAAUAAACUUGGUUGAGCGGCUAGAAGAGCAGUGGUCAAGGAGGUUGAAGAUUCAAACAUGGAGCCAAAUUAACAGGAAUUUUUAGUUGUGCCGUUGUGUCAGAGUUCUAUAAAUAUUUAAUCUGUGUAGGAUAAAAAAAAAAAGGUUGAAAGAGUUUGAGUCCAGCUUUGCAGUGUCGUCUGAUGACCACUAGGGAGCAGCGUUGUCAAAGAAGAGUGAUGUUCAUCCCAGGAGAAAAUGCAUGUCUGAAGAGAUUCCCUGUUAGUCUCCACAGAGCACACAUUUUUUUUUACAUUGAAAGCAAUCUUGAGAAUCUAAGAGUCAUUGCACUAUGACAAAGAGAACGUGACGAGGAAGAAAAAUGACUAAGAAGGUUUACUUAAGCAUUCAGAGUUUGUCUUUCGUAUAGUUAACUAACAGAUUUUAACCUUAAUGUGGAAGUUUAAUACAAGGGUACUAAAGCCAAAUUGUAUGUGUUCAGGUGGAAAUGGUUAACUUCAUUAAAGCAUCAUGUAAAGAGAAACAGACACCUUUGUCACUUUUUUCUGACAAAAUUGAAAAAUAUUUUCCCUCAAAAAC